AUGAGACCUGAUACUCCUUGGAUUGUCGGCUUGACCUCGCUCAUGGUUGCCUGGUUCGUCAACCCCAUCUUAGCCUAUUAUGUUCCCAAGAUCCUUUCCGCAAUCGGCUUGGGCGCGUCCAAGAGGCUCUCAGAUCUGGAGACCCACAUCAUCCCGGAGCUGAAGAAGACGCUGUGUGGCGUAGAUCAAGCAAGGAUGAUGGAGCGAGAAAGUAAAGAGAAAGACGAUCUGGCCAUGCUGAACAAGAUGGCCGCCAGGCUGAGGCACGCCCUUGAGGAUGCGGAAGACAUCUCCGAUGAUCAGCAGGAGAUCGAGUCGUACCGCAACACGUUUCCGCAGUGCCUCUGGAGCGGAUUGAACAUCGGCUGGGGGUGGAUUGCACCCAUCGUCUGGAGCGGACAGGCUUGGCUAUGGCGGUGGGUGCGGAAGAUAUCCUUCCGUCUCUCGGAGGUGACUGCCAAUGCGGCGGCCACCUGUGUUGUGAUCUGCAUGCCGGUUACGCAAAUCGUUCGGAGUGGAUUUGAUAGCCUACUGCAAUGGGCGCAGAUGAUAUCCAGCGCCGUGGCCACCUGUGUUGCUGGCUUCAACAUAAGCUGCACAUGUAUUGCAGACAUCCUCCAGAGUGCAAGGACCCGCCUAUCGAUGUUGGCCUUGCGUGGGUCAAACCAUAGACUUCCAGAGUACAGACGGCCCGUUACAGGGACCAGUGUUGCUGCCUCUGAUGAAACGGCGCUCCCGGACCCGGAGAUAUAUUCAGAACGUGUGGUGGACUCAGAUGGAACCUCACGCGAACCAGUACCAGAGAUUUGCUCAGAGGGCACCGUCUCAGAUGAACCUAGUACUUCUGCUCUCUUGCAUGGGCCAGACGAUAGACUUCAUGUGACCGACAAUAAUGUUACCCACUCUCACCAGCGCGUUCCAGGGACCAAUGUUUCUGCCUUAGAUGAAACAAUCCCAGCAGAGAUACAUCCAGAGGCUGAACCUCGGACUACAAGUGAACUUGCUCCAGACGAACCAGCUUUGUUGGAUACCAAUGAUGCCGCCUCACAGGGAGCAGUCCCAGAGAAUAGCAUUACUCGUUUCAGCAUGUGGAUUGCUUCCUUGGGGCCAUGGCUCUCUCGUUGCCGCACCUCCAUACACAAUGCAUCGGAGAACGCGACUACUUUUCGAGACGAAACCUGCGAGGGUAUUGGCUUCACAAGUCACAAGGAGGAUGCCAGUGCGUUAGAUUCUGUUCUUACUGUUAUCUCAAUAUGGAAACUGAAGAGAAAAAUAAAGAAGAUAGAAAGCACGGGCGAUGAUGUGAAGAAGUCACCACUCUAUGUUGUAGCAAAGGAGAGCGAACUGGAAGAUAUUGCCAACAAGAAUAGGCCCAACAUUACAACUGCUAGCAAUCAGAUGGUAUUUGGCCGACAGAGCUUGCUUGAUGUGGUCGUAAAAAGGCUUCUCAACCAACCAACCAGCUCAGGUAAAUGUUACUCGGCGUUUGGGAUUCAUGGUGUUUCAGGUUCUGGGAAGACUACCUUUGCACGAUAUACUAGAGAUUACAUAAAGAACCAAAAACAAUUUGACCCCAUCAUGUGUGUCCACCUAUCCAAGAAUUCCAGUGUGGAUGGUAUAUUUCAGAAAAUGCUGGAUGAUAUUGCCAGAGAACAGCACACCAAUAUUUCUGAUGGUGAGAAGCUGCAAGAGAAGUUAGAGGAAUCAGUGCAAGGUAAGAAUGUGAAAGACAAGUUGGAAAAUUCAUUGCGUGGCAAAUGUUUCUUCUUGAUAUUGGAUGAUCUCUGGGCAGAGGAAAGGACCAACAAACAGCUGAACGAGCUACUCUCUCCACUGGAUCUUGGGCAGCAAGGAAGCAAAAUCCUGGUGACUGCUCAAAUAGACACGGCAGCUAAAGUUCUAUGUGACGAUAACAUUACUGUAAUGCCUGAUAUGCAUGAGGAGAGGUUCUAUGAGAUGUUUAUGCACCAUGCACUGAGUCCUGAAGGAGAACAUGAACACGACGAAGAACGUAAAAAACUUGGGAGGUUGAUUGCAGAAAAGCUACCCAAAUCACCUAUUGCAGCAGUAAUAGUGGCAGGGCAGCUUCGGCUGGACUAUCGUAUUGAAUUUUGGAGAAGGACUGCAAAGCGCAGCAAGUUUGUUAACACCUGGGAUGCACUUUGGUGGAGCUAUCAGAAGCUUCCUCUGGACAUCAGGAGGUGCCUAGAAUAUUGCAAUAUUUUCCCCCGAAGAACCAACUUGAAAACAGAGGACUUAGUGCGCUUGUGGAUAGCGCAAGGGUUUGUAAAGCCUAGUGCAUCAGAGGACAUGGAAGAUAUAGCUGAGGGCUAUGUUCAAAAGUUAGCUUCAUGCUCGUUUCUGAAACCAACUAUGGGGCGUGAUGAUUGCUUUACAAUUCAUGAUCUGCUGCAUGAUUUGUUGGACGAGGUCGUCGGAAGCGACUGCUUCCGAAUCGAGAAUGAAAGGAGCCAGGAAGAAGGUCCUUGGAGAAUCGAGAAAGAUGAAGGUCCUUCAAGAAUCGAGAAAGAAGAAGGCUGGAGCAGAGAUGUCCGCUAUCUUUUUGUUCAGAAUUAUGAUGCGGAAUUGAUUAUUAAGAUGGUUCUUCGGUUGAAAAACCUACGCACUCUCAUCAUUUACAUCGUUAGAAGUGAUACACCAGUUGAGGAAAUGGUAAUUGAGAGUAUAUGCAAGAGACUGCUGAAAUUGAGGGUACUGAUCAUUCAUUUCUCUAAUACAAUCUUUGAGGACCACGACAGAAUUUUCAGCUUCCCCAAAUCUGUUGGUCAGUUAAAGCACCUACGCUAUCUUGGUUUCAGGUCUUCCGCAUGGGCGGUAAUUUUACCAAGCACCCUAAAUAAACUUCACCAUAUCCAGGAGUUAGAUUUUGGCUGCCUGUCAAUUGUGAAUCCUAAAUUUACUGGCUGCCUUAUCAACUUGCUGCACAUAAUCUGCCAAUUCUGUUAUUUCCCUCACAUAGGGAGGAUGAUAUCACUCAAAACGCUACCACACUUCAGAGUAAGGGAUGAAGAAGGGUAUGAGGUAGAGCAGCUGAGGUAUCUAAACAAGCUUCGCGGCACACUGAUGAUUGAUGGGCUUGAAAAUGUAAAAAGCAAGGAGCAAGCAGAUCAAGCCAAUCUAGCUGUCAAGGAACAACUCACUGAACUGUAUUUGGUAUGGGCUCGUGGUGGUGGCACAAGGUGCAGUCCAAAAGAUGAAGCAGAGGUGCUUGAGGGUUUAUGCCCGCCUGUAGGGCUUCAAUCACUGACCAUCUGUUGCUACGAUGGUUCGAGAUACCCAGAUUGGAUGGUGGGUCGGCAUAACUGUGGCCCAAAGGACCUGCAGCAACUUCACUUCUGGAGAUGUAACCAAACGGCACCUUGUCUUGAACUUGAGACUUUCCACCAUCUUCGUGAGCUCUGGCUUAUAUACUGCAGUUGGGAUACCUUACCAGACAAUAUGGAGAACCUAACAUCGCUCAAGUUGCUAAGGAUUUUUAAAUGCUUGAAUAUCCGAUCCCUUCCAACACUGCCCAAGUCUCUUGAGGUAUUUGAACUUGAUGGCUGCAAUGAUGAGUUAACUGCAGAACAUGCAAUCUGGAAAAAGAAUAAGCGCAUGUCCAAAACCUCAAGUGAUAAAACCAAUGACUGGGACUCAGCUUCAUAUGUGAGAUUUAUGAUGACCAGGCUCUUUCUACCUUGA